CAAAGAUCGGAGAAUAGAGGAGACGGUCCGUGCGUCCUACUAACGCCAAGUCGAUGAUACGUUGUAUCUACCGGUCGUUGGUCGAUCCUUAUGUUAAACCGACGCAGACCAUAAUGAUGAAUGUCUUUUUAAGCUUCUCUACCGAAUGUUUUCGCUUCAUGCCCACAGAGAAAACGUGGUCUUCAGGAAUGCAAUAAGAGACAUUGAACCUCAGGCGUCUCAGACUCACGUGGGUGGUCUCGGAUGGACACGCGGCGAUGUGAGCCCAUCGCGGCGGCAUGACUCGGGCAUAGCCGCGCCGGUGACGAAAAACAUCGUGGGUUCGUUGAACGGUGCAGGCAACGAUGGGGCACAAAAUACUACCUACCAGGUCGAACAAGGUCGUGUCGACGAGAUCGAAACCGCCGAACCGUCUUUUGGAACUUUAAGUGCGGCCAAAGCGCUUCUUUGGGCAUGGCGUUUUGUUGCCGUCCGAAAGUUCUACGGUACAUACGAUUACAAUACCUAUCAUCAUCAAAAUUUCGCUCAAUUGCGGCCUCUGGCGAGCGAGCGAGUUCGGCGGCGCUGCAUGGCUUACAUAAUGGGACAUGGCGGCCUAAAUGUAGUGGGGAGUAUGAGGCGCGAUGUCAAGUUCUGGACGAUGGGACAAAGGCCGCAGCCCAAACAUCCACGAUAUGAUGCCGCAGAGAAGGAACCACUGAGAUUGCCGGGAGGGAGGUUCUCCUCCAUAAUGGGCCAGGAUGCGGCGCGUGGCGUCGCCAAGCCAUGGGAAGGAGCCACUGACGACUCGGCUUUUCGACUCGAUUCUCGUUCGUUCCACUUCCGCGCUAGGUCCAUUGUCUACCUUAUGAAACCAAGCAUCUGGAGAUGUCACUUCGUCUCCGCAAAGGCCCUCGUGCUCUUCCGGCCACGACCCCAGAUAUCAUGGCCUGAUCCAUCUGGCGUGCCGAGGCGCACCGACCGAGUCAGCCAAGUCGUUGACAAGUUAACACACCCGGGAGUGAACAAGGCCGACUGCCCCUUGUAUACAAUGGAAGCGAGUGACCAAGAUUCGCCGAACAUCACGCCUACUUUAUGGUCACAGGGUCCAAUUCUGGUAGCAGCCAAGACCGACAAACGGGAGCAGAAAACAGAACCGGGCGGGAGAAUUCGCCGUUGUCUCGCCGUCGCGUGGCGUGUGGCGCCGAAUGGGCGCUAUGGUCUCAUAAUGGCUGGUGAAAAGGAAAGGAACAAAUCAAGGCGUAUGCUCGGCCUCACUAAGAUGUGGAGGUGGCCCCUGCGGCCCUGGCGGUGGCAUGGAUCCUUCCCCGGCUUGUUGCGCCAGGCAGAUUGGGGAAAAGGAGAUUUCUGGAGCUACCCCAACGAACUCCAAACCAACCCGCAACUUUCAACCCGCAACCCGCAUCGCCUCCACUCCGGCGGCGGUUGGAUGGACCCGGGAUCCUAA